AGCGCGCCUCCGUCCCGUCACGAUGGCUCUUCGUCAAGCGAUGAGGCGCCUCGGCGCGCUGUCGUCGCAAACGUCCACCGCCGCGAGAGCGUUCACGACGUCCGCGCCUCGCUUGGAGGCCACGGAGGCGCAGAAGGAGAGCAUCAAAUCGUUCAUGGACGCCUUCGACCAGAACAAGCCGAUCCCGACGAUGGACCUGCCGUCGACGCCGUCGAACUUCAUGAGCCCCGAGCGCGAGGUUCCGGCGACGCCGCCGGAGAAGAUGACGCUGAACUUUUACAUGCCGCACGAGAUCCAGUUUAAAGACGCGGAGGUGGAUCAGGUCAUGAUCCCGGCCACCUCCGGGGAUUUCGGCGUCCUCCCCGGGCACGUCCCGACCGUCGCGCAGCUGCGCCCGGGCGUCGUCUCCGUGCAGCUGAACAGCUCCGAGACGCAAAAGUACUUCGUCAGCAGCGGGUUCGCGUUCGUGCACGCCAACAGCGUGACGGACAUCAUGGCCGUGGAGGCCAUCCCCCUGGAGCAGCUGGACGACGCGGCGGUGAAGAAGGGACUCGCGGAUUUCAACAACAAGCUCGUCAACGCGAAGGACGACUACGAAAAGGCGGCGGCGCAGAUCGGGAUCGAGGUGUGCGGCGCGAUGAACCACGCGCUGGAGGGGAAGUGAUUGAUGAUCGGGAAGAGGGAGCUAGGCGAUGAAAACGUCGCUUUGUAAUUUGGUAUAUUCUUAGAGAGCAAACAGCGGAAGAA